GGAAACGCCCACACCCGAAUACAGACUUAUCCCUCCCUUCUUUUGAAGCGAACAUCCAAUCCUCUUUUCCGCUUUUGGUAAGUGUAGGUUAUACAAGCAACUCUUUAAAUACGUUCCCCAAUACACUACAAUCUAACAUUUCACUACUACACAGGGGGACUGCGUGUAUAUGUGCCAUGAGCAUGCAUUUUCAGAUGUGAACUCGGCUGCUUGAAGACUUUGCAAAAGGCUCAAUCAUACUUUUUUUUUGCGCACGGAAAACCAAAAAAGUAUCGAAAUAAUGGCAAUGCUGCAUUUUACAACAGCAUGCUGGAAGAAUUUUCAAGGCGACCGGCUAAAUAAGCAGCUGUUCUUCAUCUGCCGCGCCUUGCACAAGUCAGCAGCCAGCGAUGCUUUAGGGAUCUCAGCGGCUCGGGAAGAGACCAUGCCUGAAAGCAUGAUCUCACCGGCGAAUGUCGGCGAGAAACCCAGAAUCAUGACCCUGAAGGAGAUGCCUGGACCCAGCACCCUAUCCAACUUGAUCGAGUUCUUCUGGAAAGACGGGUUUAGCAGAAUUCAUGAAAUUCAGAUGGAGCACACGAAGAAGUUUGGAAAAAUUUUCAAAUCCCGUUUUGGGCCACAGCUGGUGGUCUCGGUGGCGCACCGUGACCUAGUGGCUGAGGUGCUGAGGGCAGAGGGCGUGGCCCCUCAGAGAGCGAACAUGGAGUCCUGGAAGGAGUACAGAGACAUAAGGGGUCGUUCCACUGGCCUCAUUUCAGCGGAGGGAGAAGAUUGGCUGAAGAUGCGGAGCGUGCUCAGGCAGCUCAUCAUGCGUCCCCGUGACGUAGCAGUCUUCUCUGAUGAUGUGAACCAAGUGGUAGAUGACCUCAUCAAGAGAGUUCUUAUUUUGCGCAGCCAGGAGUCUGACAGAGCGACUGUCCUCAAUGUUAAUGACCUCUUCUUCAAAUAUGCCAUGGAAGGUGUGGCAGCCAUUUUGUACGAGUCCCGACUAGGCUGUUUGGAAAACCAGAUUCCCCUGGAAACCCAAGACUACAUCAGCGCGCUGCACCUCAUGUUCAGCUCCUUCAAGACAACCAUGUAUGCCGGGGCGAUCCCCAAGUGGCUCCGACCUCUCAUCCCCAAACCAUGGGAGGAGUUCUGUCUCUCCUGGGAUGGCCUCUUUAAAUUCAGCCGUAUUCACGUUGAUAAGAGACUCUCAGAGAUUAAGGCCCAGCUGCAGCGGGGAGAGGAGGUGAAGGGGGGGCUGCUCACACACAUGCUCAUUACCAAAGAGAUGAGCAGGGAGGAGAUCUACGCUAAUUUAACAGAGAUGCUACUGGCCGGGGUCGACACGACAUCCUUCACCCUUUCAUGGGCCAGCUACCUGUUAGCGCGGCACCCACAUAUACAGCAGCAAAUCUUUACAGAAGUGACGAAGACUCUGGAACCUGGAGCAGUUGCCACAGCAGAUGAUAUUUCUCGUCUGCCUCUCAUAAGAGGGCUGGUCAAAGAGACACUCAGGCUUUUUCCAGUUCUCCCUGGCAAUGGACGGAUUACCCAGGAUGACUUGGUGGUGGGCGGAUACUUCAUCCCCAAAGGGACUCAGUUGGCCCUUUGUCACUACUCCACAUCUUUCGAUGAAGAGAACUUCCCUGACUCUUUAGACUUCCAACCGGCUCGCUGGAUACGGAAAGACUCCACAGAUCGUGUCGACAACUUUGGCUCGAUUCCAUUUGGCUACGGCAUCAGGAGCUGCAUCGGCAAGAGAAUAGCAGAGUUGGAGAUGCAUCUAGCUCUCACAAGGCUCAUUCAAAGGUUCCACAUUGGCGUGUCUCCUCUCACUCCUGAUGUCAAGUCCAAAACCCACGGCCUGCUCUGCCCUGCCGGCCCCAUCCACCUGCAGUUCAUUGACAGGGAAAACUAGAAGGACUCCUCUCCAAAAACUAUACUGUACGGUGUUUGAAAAGCGCUGAUUUUUAUUUUCUUAAAAUACACUGUUUUAAGUACACCUUCCAAUUUUAGAUUGUAGAUACCGAGCUGAGACUGACGUUUUUCUCAGGCAAGAAGUUUGUUUGUUACUAAGGAGGACAAAAAAGUAAAUAUUACGGGACCAGUAAUGUAAAGACAAAAGCUGUUCUGGGAAGUAUUUUAUUUGUACGUGGUGAAAACUACCAUUUCUCCUUCCAUUUGAUCUAUUCCAAAUAGUGAGUGGGGAAAAUAAACUGUAAUCUAUAUAAUCAGACUGUUUCCUCCCCAAGUUAAACAAACAGAAAACAUUGAAUACACAAAAAACAUUUUAUCAUUUUUUUUAUCAUUUAAUUUAAACAUAUAUUCAUUUUAUUUUAGUUUUUUUAAAUAAAAAAUAGUUUUAUCAUCCUGUGAUUUAGAACUAAUGAAUGAACCUUUUUAUAAACUUAAUCAAAAAAGUUAAUUUAAUUGCUCAACUAAUUAAAUGUAUAUCAUUUUUCACACUAUGUAUUUGGGUCAAAACAUAUGUACAGCGUUUCUGGCUUAUGUUUGUGUUAAUACAAAUAUUUUACCAGAACUUCUGUUACAUUAUGAUUUUAUUGAUUAGAUAAUGUAUGGUACAGAACAGUUUGCAAGAGGUAAAAGACAAUCUUUGGAUUGUGCCGCUAUGAAGGAUCACACUGGUUUGCUUGGAGGAAAACGAAAACUUUGAUAACUUUGUAUUUAUCUGCUCUUUUUCUUUCUGUACUUCUUUUUUUUUACUGUAGCUCCAAUGAAACUUUGGAAACAAUAAAGAUUAUUAUUUUAAA